CUCCACGACGGAUCCAAAGGUAGAUAGAUUUUGAUUCGGGACCUAUAAGUUUUCUGUCGCUGUGACACGGAGGAGAGCUCCCACGGAGGACAGAAACCACUUUAUGCGCAUAGGAUACCGGACACACACACGCCUGCUGCCUCGUAUCCGGGAUAUCCCCUCCGUCUCCGCCGAAGACCACUGGAAACUAAUUUUUCCCUCCUCUGAACUUCCCCCGAGAGAGAGAGAGAGAGAGAGAGAGAGACUGAUCGGCUUUUUUUUUCACUUUCUGUGGUGUGGAGAACUAGGCUGAAGCCUGUAGUUUGAAAAGGACUUUGACAACGAGACAGGAUGCCCCAAAAAGAAUACCACAACCAAGCCACGUGGGAGUCUGGAGUAGCCUCAAUGAUGCAAAACAAGGUGUAUGACAUCUGUGAUGAAGGUCACAGUGGCGUAAACCAGCUUGGUGGUGUGUUUGUUAAUGGUAGACCGCUGCCGGAUUCCACCAGGCAGAAAAUAGUUGAACUUGCCCACAGUGGUGCUCGGCCCUGCGACAUCUCCAGGAUACUGCAGACCCAUGAUGAAGUCCAAGUGCUGGACAGUGAAAAGGUAUCCAACGGCUGCGUGAGCAAGAUCCUGGGCAGAUAUUAUGAAACUGGCUCCAUAAGACCGAGAGCAAUAGGCGGCAGCAAGCCCAGGGUUGCCACUCCGGAGGUGGUCGCAAAAAUCGCUCAGUACAAGCGGGAGUGUCCGUCUAUCUUCGCGUGGGAGAUCCGUGACAGACUUCUGUCGGAGGGGAUCUGCACAAACGACAACAUACCCAGCGUGUCAUCGAUAAACAGAGUCCUCCGCAACCUGGCUAGUGAAAAGCAACAGAUGGGCGCAGAUGGCAUGUAUGACAAGCUGAGAAUGCUCAACGGUCAGACAGGAACUUGGGGGACCCGGCCCGGCUGGUACCCCGGAACAUCAGUGCCAGGGCAGCCCAACCAAGAUGGUUGCCAGCAACAAGACGGUGCAGGAGAAAACACAAACUCCAUCAGCUCGAACGGAGAGGACUCAGAGGAGACACAGAUGCGUCUGCAGCUCAAGAGGAAACUACAGAGAAACCGAACUUCUUUCACACAGGAGCAGAUUGAAGCGCUGGAAAAAGAAUUUGAAAGAACCCACUAUCCAGAUGUGUUCGCACGAGAGAGACUAGCAGCGAAAAUCGACCUGCCCGAAGCAAGAAUACAAGUUUGGUUCUCAAACAGAAGAGCAAAGUGGAGGCGAGAGGAGAAGCUGCGCAACCAGCGCCGGCAGGCCAACAACUCCUCCAGUCACAUUCCCAUCAGCAGCAGCUUUAGCACCAGUGUGUACCAGGCCAUCCCACAGCCCACCACGCCGGUGUCCUUCACCUCGGGGUCAAUGCUGGGUAGACCUGACUCUGCACUCGCAAACACCUACAGUGCACUGCCCCCCAUGCCCAGCUUCACCAUGGCAAACAAUCUACCUAUGCAACCCAGCCAGACCUCCUCUUAUUCCUGCAUGCUGCCUACCAGUCCGCCUGUGAACGGGCGGAGCUACGACACAUACACGCCCCCUCAUAUGCAGGCACAUAUGAACAGCCAAUCAAUGACCACUUCUGGUACCACCUCAACAGGACUCAUCUCUCCUGGAGUGUCUGUCCCUGUCCAAGUCCCAGGCAGCGAGCCUGACAUGUCUCAGUACUGGUCAAGACUACAGUAGAGAGAAGAGCUACUUCACCCUGUAACCACCCACUCCACCAUCGCCCUCCGGCAGUGCUCCUCACACAUACACGGCACAGGAGAGUAGAGAAGGCGAGGAAGGGUUGAAUGGAGGCAAAGGACAUAAGAGGAAAGGAGGACAGAGAGAGAGAGAGAGAGAGAGAGACUCUGGGAGAGCUUUGGGAUGUCUGGGCUUUGUUUUUUCCGGUGGGACCGUGUGCUGUUCUGUAGCUCUAGGCACAUUCAAACAAACGAGGACUUGGAAGAGAGAACAAGGAUGGAAAGACGGGAAAAAAAAUAUGGACCUCUGUAAAGUGCCCGGUGUUAACAUUUUUAUGGAACAAAAACUUAUCUGUUUUUUUUCUAUUUCCAACUUCAGUCAUUGUUUCCUUUUUUUCUCUGGUGUGUUAGUAAAUGGCCAUUUGUAUGUUAAUAUGAAAAACCAAGAUCAAGUACUGAUAGAUGGACUGCUAGAAAACCAUGUUGGUCUUGCGUUUGUUUUUGCGAGAGGAGAGAUUCUGCCAUGACUAUCUUUUUAAUCUGCUUAUAUCGAGACUUUCUACCAGCCUUUGCAUGGUCUCUGGACGCUGUUGCAUAUCAUUAAAGACGAAAAAAGCUGGAGGGAAGACUCUUACUGUGUCAGAAAAAAAAUAAACUAUUUAUUGGUCUUAUUUCGUACGGAUGGAUAUUUAGCGGAGGAUACUGAAAAAAAAAAAAAAAAAAACUUGAUCCACCCACUGAGGCUGUGGUCUCCCCUCUGACUUAUUAAACACGGAUCGACAGCUCGAUGUGUGCAAAGACGACGCGACAUGCAACACAACUUGGACCUCUUGCUUCGGUGGUUGGAUUGACUCUAGUAUACCACGAAGAACAUUAAAUGUGGGGAAAACAGGUGUCAAAGAAAACCUGUAGUCUGUAAAUGGUAGACUGCGUCUUCGAUAUAAUCCAGUUUGUUUAUGUCAAAAUGUAAAGUACUUGUCUUCCCUAGAAAUCUUCCAGAAAGAUUUCUCCAAUAAAAGUUGAUUUCAUUUAUA